UUCAGAGAUGAAAAAAUGGAAAAAAAGAAAGCAUUCACUCCUCUUUUAUAUCUUGCAUCUAUAGUAUUUUUGCCCUGGUGGAUUUCUCUCUCAUUUCAAAAAAGUAUGGAAUCCUGGGUUACUAAUUGGUGGAAUACUAGGCAAUCCGAACCUUUUUUGAAUGAUAUUGAAGAAAAGAGUAUUCUAGAAAAAUUCAUAGAAUUAGAGGAACUCCUCUUCUUAGAGGAAAUGAUUAAGGAAUACUCGGAGACACAUCUACAAAACCUUCGUAUAGGAAUUCACAAAGAAACAAUCCAAUUAAUCAAGAUACACAACGAGGGUCGUAUUUAUACGAUUUUGCACUUCUCGACAAAUAUAAUCUGUUUCAUUAUUCUAAGUGGUUAUUCUCUUUUGGGUAAUAAAGAACUUGUUAUUCUUAACUCUUGGGUUCAGGAAUUCCUAUAUAACUUAAGUGACACAAUAAAAGCUUUUUCUCUUCUUUUAUUAACUGAUUUAUGUAUCGGAUUUCAUUCGCCCCAUGGUUGGGAACUGAUGAUUGGCUUUGUCUACAAGGAUUUUGGAUUUGUUCAUAAUGAGCAAAUUAUAUCUGGCCUUGUUUCCACUUUUCCAGUCAUUCUAGAUACAAUUUUCAAAUAUUGGAUUUUCCGUUAUUUAAAUCGCGUAUCUCCGAUCAAUGGUUGGAACAUGCAAACUAGAAAUAAUUUUUCUUGGAUAAAGGAACAGAUUACUCGAUCUAUUUCCGUAUCGCUCAUGAUAUAUAUCAUAACUCGUGCAUCCAUUUCAAAUGCAUAUCCCAUUUUUGCGCAGAAGGGCUAUGAAAAUCCACGAGAAGCGACUGGACGUAUUGUAUGCGCCAAUUGCCAUUUAGCUAAUAAACCAGUGGAUAUUGAGGUUCCGCAAACGGUACUUCCCGAUACUGUAUUUGAAGCAGUUGUUCGAAUUCCUUAUGAUAUGCAACUGAAACAAGUUCUUGCUAAUGGUAAAAAAGGGGCUUUAAAUGUGGGGGCUGUUCUUAUUUUACCAGAGGGUUUUGAAUUAGCCCCUCCCGAUCGUAUUUCCCCCGAGAUAAAAGAAAAGAUGGGCAAUCUGUCUUUUCAGAGCUAUCGCCCAAAUCAAAAAAAUAUUCUUGUCAUAGGCCCUGUUCCUGGUCAGAAAUAUAGUGAAAUCACGUUUCCUAUUCUUUCCCCGGACCCCGCUACUAAGAAAGACAUUCACUUCUUAAAAUAUCCUAUAUACGUAGGCGGAAACAGGGGAAGGGGCCAGAUUUAUCCUGACGGGAGCAAGAGUAACAAUACAGUUUAUAAUGCUACAGCAUCCGGUAUAGUAAGCAAAAUCCUACGAAAAGAAAAGGGGGGAUACGAAAUAACCAUAGCGGAUGCAUCGGAUGGACGUCAAGUGGUUGAUAUUAUCCCGCCGGGGCCAGAACUUCUUGUUUCAGAAGGCGAAUCUAUCAAAUUUGAGCAAUCGUUGACAAGUAAUCCUAAUGUGGGCGGAUUUGGUCAGGGAGAUGCAGAAAUAGUACUUCAAGAUCCAUUACGUGUACAAGGCCUUUUGUUCUUCUUAGCAUCUGUUAUUUUGGCACAAAUAUUUUUGGUUCUUAAAAAGAAACAGUUCGAGAAGGUUCAAUUGUCCGAAAUGAAUUUCUAGACUCGCGGAUUUAUCGACCUCAAGUUUGUAAAAAGAACCAAAUUUUUUUUAGUAAUUAUGAUUAUCUAUGAUAAAAAAAUAAAAUUCUAAAAAGCCUUUUGUUUGUUUAUACUCUUUUUCUACGAGAUGCCGGGAAUUCCUUGUACCACAUUCCUAGCCACAGUAUGUAGAUUGUGAAGAAGACUAUUUGACUUGACCCCUUCUUUCUUUGUUUUUGUUUUUUUUUUAUAAAAAUUUGGGGUGAUGUUAUUAUGUUGCUAUUGGCAGAUUAAAAUGUCAUAAAAUGCAUUUGAGUCUAAUACAAUGGACUUCGGCUAGAUCCUAUACAAAAGUAAACGCAAAAUAGAACGGAUAAUUGAAGGGAACAAAUAUUUCUGGGAGGGGUUAUUCGUCUUCCUAGUCUUCGACACAAGAAAGGGGUGUGAAAAAUCCUUUUCUUGUGUCGAAAUAAUAAUGAUUCUUGAUACUGUUCGUCAAACAUUCCUAGUGUUAGUUUCUAUUUUUUACAGACGUAUCAGAACGUUUUUUUAUAGUUAUUACGUAUUUUAUUUAUUCUUAUCUUAUAAUAAUUACGUAUACUAUAAAUAAAAAGUGGUGGACAAACAAAAGAGGAGGGGAAAAUCUGUUGAGUAAAUAGAACUUCUUCAAUGAACUUAUAAAAAAAAUAUUCUAAUUAUUAAGAACUCAACGGGACCUUCUCCCUCAAAUCAGACAAACAAAGAAGGGAAUCCGUUGAGUUCUUACGCUUUCAUGUCUACAACUCAAUUCAUCCGAUUACUACAGGGAUGAACCCAAUCCGGAAUAUGAACCAUAAAAGAAAACACCUACUAAACCGAUCACAAGAAUACCAGCUACAGUACCUAUUAUCCAAAGAGGAAUUCUUCCAGUAGUAUCGGCCAUUUACCCCACUUCCCUCCACAUUUCAUCAAGUGGUCAUGCUAGAGACAUAAACAGUCAUGGAUAAUUAUGAGAUGAGAUCCUUCCGAAUGGGGUAAGAGAAAGAAUACCUAGAACGAUUAGUCUAUUAUUUUAGUUCUCUCUCCUUUUCUUAAUUGAAGAAAUAAUUGGAAAAUAAAACAGCAAGUACAAAAAUGAGUAAUAACCCCCAGUAGAGGCUGGUACGAUUCAAUUCAACAUUUUGUUCGUUUGGGUUUGAUUGUGUCGUAGCUCUAUAAUUCGGAUUAGGUUUAUCGUUGUAUGAACUGCAUUGCUGAUAUUGACCCCAAAAAAGAAACGGUAGGUACAGCUAGGCCGUGAACAGUCAACCA